AAAAUAUAGGGAUUGGAUAUUAUCAUAAAAUAAUGAAUAAGAAAGAAAAGAAGGAUUGUUUCGACAUCAUGAUUAAGACCAAGUCUUCACAGGACCAAAUAGCAACCUAUUUGGUAUAGGCCAUUUUGGGUUUGAGGGAUAGGGAGAAUAAGAGUGAGUCAAUUAGGCUCUAAGGAAGUGGAUCAGCAAUUCCAAAUGUAAUUUUGGUUGCUGAAAUAAUUAGAGCAAGACACAAAGUAAGAAUGAGUGUUAUCUAUUAGGGAUUGAGUUCGAUUGUCACAUUGGAGAACAUUCAGAAGGAAAUUCUUGAGAAUGGAUAGAAAUCAACAAUAUCAAUCCCUGCUAUUAGAAUCAAAUUGACGUACUUUCAUUUAUGGAUCGUAGAUGCAAUCCAACCAAGGAAGAAUAAGAAUAGCCAGGAUAUUAGGCCCCAGGAGAUGUGAAAGAUGAUAAGAAGAUUGAACUUUAUGAUUAUAUCAUGAUCUAUGCUAGGAAUUUGUAUUUUUGGAAAGGCAAGGAAGGACAAAAACCGAACCAUAACUAACCUCAAAAAAAAGUUGUGUAACAAAUAGAAGAAAGAGGAGUAUUGAAGUCCAGAGGAGCAGCCGAAGUGUAGGUGGGGAAGAGAUACCCUGAAGAAUUAAAAAGGAAGCCAGAUGAACCAGAACACAGGGUAUGUUGAGUUUGACAUUUAAAUAGGAAAAGCAUGAAUAAGACAAUCGGGGUCAAACAUAUUCUAAGUAGUCUAGUAGGCCAAAACAAAUCAACGACCACUCUAAAUAAUAUUCAUCCUAAGACAAGGAGGGGUAGUUUAGACCCAAGUAAGGAGAAAUCAAAACAAGAGGUGGUAAUAGAAGAUGAUUCAAAUAUUUAUUCGAGCAAUA